AUUUUCUUAAAGACAAAAAAAGUAAAGUGUAAAAUAUAUUUAAUUUCUAUACUUUUAAGUAGUCGUUUAGUUUGUGACUUUGUUUUUUUGAAAGUAUAUAUUUCGUUCGUGGUAUAUAAGAAUAAUUAUAAACAAUGUCGUGGGUUCCUGGUAAUUUAACGCAAAUGUGCACAAAUUCAAGUACAGCUUCAAUUUGUCAACCAAAUUCAUUACUUUUCCUUCAACUUGUCUUUAGUUUGUACGCCACAAAAAGUAAUGUUGAACCCCCUUCGAAUCCAAAUCCAAGACCUACAGAAUAUGAUUUUAUUAUUGUCGGAGGUGGUACUGCCGGCUGUGUUCUCGCUAAUCGAUUGACAGAAAUUCGAGAGUGGAAUGUGCUUUUAAUAGAGGCUGGUAUGGAGGAACCAAAUAUAACGAAAGUCCCCUCUUUUAUGCGAUUACUUCAAAAGUCGAAUAUUGACUGGAAUUUUAAGACACAACCAGAGAAAAAUGCCUGCUUAGCGAGCAAUGGUUGCCGUUUUCCCAGUGGAAAAGUAAUGGGUGGAUCUAGUUCGAUAAAUGGAAUGUUGUACGUGCGAGGUAAUCGUGAAGACUAUGACAAUUGGCACGAUUUAGGCAAUAGUGAAUGGAGCUACAAAGAUGUUUUACACUAUUUCAAAAAGUCGGAAAGAAAUCGAGAUCGAGAGAUCGUUUACGACAAUUACGGCUAUCAUGGAACAAGUGGCUACCAAUCAGUACAACGUUUUCCGUACGCCGACAAAAAUGUGAAUAUCAUCCGACGAGCGCUGAGACACGCUGGCUAUGAAUCCACAGACGUAAACGGUUACAGACAAUUAGGAUCAAUGAUCCUCCAAACGACGUCAUUUAACGGACAAAGACAGAGUACAAAUAAUGCAUUCAUUCGACCAAUAAGAAAGAAUCGUCCGAAUUUAUUCAUCGAAACCGAAGCCUACGUGACUAGAAUCAUCAUCGAUCCAGCCACUCGACUAGCAUCCGGCGUCGAAUACACUCUGACAUCGCAAAAUAAUACCAAACUCACAGCGAGGGCAAAAAAAGAAGUCAUAUCCUCAGCCGGAACAAUAAAAUCAGCACAACUUCUAAUGGUCUCGGGAAUAGGACCAGCUGACGAACUUCAAAAGCACAACAUCCAAUUGAUUCGUAACGCAACAGUGGGCUCAAAUCUACAGGAUCAUUUACAAUUCUCCGGUAUUUAUGCCCUGUUGAGUAAUAGUACAAGCACCGAGACAACAUUCGAACGAAAGAAAUUGGAUCUUGAGCUGUACCAAAAAUCGCAUAGUGGUCCCCUGUCGGCUACUGGAAUAUCAUCAGUCGUUGCCUUCGCACAAACGGAACUCGAAGAAAGUUAUUAUGCACCAGAUGUACAGUUGAGUUUCACUGGAAUGAAAUUUGCCGAUAAGACACUAUCAUCCGUUCUGGCUUACUAUGAUGCUGUUAAUUUUUAUCCAAUUCUGCUUGCACCGAAGAGUAGGGGAUUCUUGAAAUUGAAUGAAACUGAUCCUGUUUGGGGAGCGCCGUUGAUUUAUCCAGGUUACUUGUCUAAUGAUGCCGAUGUGGCAAGAAUGAUAGAGGCAACAAGAAAGGGAUUGAAAGUGUUCAAGGGCAAUAUUUUUGCGCAGAAUAAUUAUAAGCUUUAUGAUGUUCCUCAGGCGCCUUGUAAUAAUUUGGAGUUUAAUAGUGAUGAGUACUGGGUUUGUAUGUUGAGAUCGCAUACGGGAGUCGGGGCACAUGCGGUGGGUACUUGUAAAAUGGGACCUGAAGAUGAUGAAAAGGCUAUUGUUGAUUCGAGAUUGAGGGUUUAUGGAAUUAGGAGAUUGAGAGUUGUCGACGCUUCGAUAAUGCCGGUUAUACCUCGGGGUAAUAUCAUGGCACCCACGAUGAUGAUUGCCGAGAAGGCUGCUGAUAUGAUCAAGGAAGAUUGGUUGGGAGAUUAAAUUUUUUUUCUUUCCUUUUUAUUGUAUUUUAGUUAAUUUUUUUUUACUUUUACUAUUGUUAAUUUUAUUGUAGGACAAAAGUUCCAAUAUACAAAAUGUCCAAUUUACAAAAGUUCCAAUGUGGAAAAGUUUCAAAUUAAGUGUGUUCCAAUAUAAAUAAGUCCCAAUUUUGAAAAUAAAAUUAUUUAACUUUAUUAUUCCGUUAAAUUUGGAAUUUAGACGAAUUAUAAAAUUUCAAGUGGAUCAGCUGUUUUUUUGUCCGCCGCCAUUUUGUUUCUCGUAAUUCUUAGAAGUGAUGAAAAAGUUUCUAAAUUUCAAGUUUAAAUUUGAAAAGAAUGUUGGACUUUUUAGUAAAAUUUGUAAAUAAGAAUUAUUAGACUUUUUGGUUUCCGGAACAAAGAACUAUUGGAACUUUUGGCUUUUGGAACAAAGAUGGGGUGAAACCGGUUUUUUAUAAUCAAUUUACUUGACUAUUAGUUAUUUAAAUAAAUAUUUAUUUCAACUGAAUAAUUUUUUAUUUAAAUCAAAUAAACCUUUUUCGAAACGAUUAUUUAUGCAUUUGAAGCAAAAACAUUUUUUUUGAUUUAAGUAAAAAAUUUAUUUGCUAUGAAUAAAUAUUUAUUUAUUAAUAGUUAUAUGA